AUGAUUUUGCUCAAAAAUCGAUAUCGCUUCCUGGUCCUUGUGCUCGGAUUCUUAUGCUUAUCAUCAGUUUGCUCCAACUAUAUUUUAAUCAAUUUCACAUUCAUUUGUAUGAAAGACGAUUUCUCGGACACUUAUCAAUAUAAUGGGACAACUCGAAGUAUUUAUGAUUAUACCACCGAUGAGAAGAAGCUGAUUAUGUGGGCCGUAGCAGCCGGGACCAUUAUAGGAACAGUUCCAAUGAAUCUACUGUAUAUUCAAUUUGGUGCCAAGUCAACCUUCUUGGCCGCUGGAAUAACAUCAGCAAUCUCGACAGCCCUUAUCCCAAUGGCUGCGAAAGCGGGAAUUAUAGUUCUACUCAUUAUUCGAUUCAUACAGGGUCUCGCCUAUUCGGCCGAUUUCGCCGCCAUCGGCAUUAUUACAGUUCGCUGGGCGCCGCUCUCCGAAACCGCGCUGUUUCUUGCGCUUCUCACCUGUUUCACCGGCAUCUCGUCAACGAUUACAAAUUCGGCGACGGGAAUUAUAUGCGAGAGCACUCUUGGAUGGCGACACUCGUUCUACUAUCAUUCGGCAGCCUGCUUCAUACUAUUCGCACUUUGGACCUACUUGUACGCAGAUGAUCCGAAAAAUUCAAAUGGGGUUUCGGCACGAGAGCUCGACAAAAUUCUCAAGAACAAAACGGAUUUUGCCAAGAACGAUGAAGUCCCUUACAAGGCAAUAUUCAUGAGUCCCGUCAUUUGGUGCGUAUGGUUGAACGCAUUCUUUGAAGUUUGCACCGUGAUGCUAUUCAGCGCGUUUCUGCCAAUCUAUUUCCAUCAAGUCUUGGAAUAUGGGAUUGCUGAAACCGGAUUUUUGGUCGGAAUUUUGCUAGGAAUCAAUAUCCCGUUCAGGAUUGCUGCUGCGUUUUUAAGCGAUAAGCUUAAAAUUUGCUCCGAAAAACUAAAAAUCCAAAUUUUCAACACGAUUUCGGUGGGGUUCGCCGGACUGCUUCUGAUAACUGUUGGAUUCUUCCCAAAGGACCAAAGAACGACAUGUGUGAUUAUUUUGAACAUCUGCAUGAUUUGCAUUGCAUUGAAUUGCGGAGGAUUCUAUAAAGCCGCUGCCCUUCAUGCAAGACAAUUCGCUCAUGUUGUCAUUUCGGCGAUUCAAUUCACCAAAUGUUUUUCCUUAUUUGUCACACCGGCCGUUGUCGCAUUUUUUGUCGUCGAUGAUUCGAAUCGAUCCCAAUGGAUUCCGGUAUUCAUUGUUUUCGGCGCACCCAUGAUAAUUGUCAGCAUUGUCUCAUUGUUCUUCCUCACCGACGCGCCGGCGAAAUGGACUGAAACCACCGAAUCGGGAGGCAAAAUCAUUUCAUCUGGCCAGCAAAUCUUCGAAAUGUCGUUGUUCACUAAUCGAUACAGAUAUCUUAUAUUAAUUAUUGGAUUUUUAUGCUUAUCAUCAGUUUGCUCCAACUAUAUUUUAAUCAAUUUCACAUUCAUUUGUAUGAAAGACGAUUUCUCGGACACUUAUCAAUAUAAUGGGACAACUCGAAGUAUUUAUGAUUAUACCACCGAUGAGAAGAAGCUGAUAAUGUGGGCCGUAGCAGCCGGGACCAUUAUAGGAACAGUUCCCGUUAAUAUGUUUUAUAUCAAAUAUGGAGCAAGGUACCCAUUUUUAUUGGCAGGGAUCAUCUCAGCAGCUUCAACGUUUUGCAUACCAUAUGCCGCCCGAACUAAUUGGAUAGUUCUUCUAUUUUUACGCUUCAUGCAGGGCAUCGCUUACUCGGCCGAUUUCGCCGCCAUCGGCUUGAUGACAGUUCGCUGGGCGCCGCUCUCCGAAACCGCUCUGUUCAUCGCACUUCUCACGUGCUUCACCGGAAUUUCGUCGACGAUCACAAAUUCGGUGACGGGAAUUGUUUGCGAGAGCUCACUCGGAUGGCGCUACUCAUUUUAUGGCCACUCGCUCGCCUCGAUCAUUGUGUUUGCACUGUGGACUCAUUUCUAUAUCGAUGAUCCGAAGGAUGCGAGAAAUGUCACGAAGAAAGAGUUGAGUAAAAUCCACAAAAAUAAGUCUGACGCGCAUUUGGACUCGAAGGCUGAUAUACCCUACAAGGAAAUUUUCACAAGUCCGGUUAUCCUAUGCGUUUGGAUGAAUGCGUUUUUCGAAAUGACUGCUCUCAUCCUUUUCGCAACAUACUUGCCGAUUUAUUUCAACGAAGUGCUUGGAUUUGGUGUAACCGAGACUGGAUUUUACGUCGGCUUAUUGUUGGGAAUCAAUAUUCCUUUAAGGCUUGUAGCGGCACUAUUAAGCGAUAAAUUAAAAAUGUUCACCGAAAAGGCGAAAAUUUUGUUUUUCAAUACAAUAUCGGUUGGAGUUUCGGGCUUGAUUCUUAUUAGUAUCGGAUUUUUCCCAAAGGAAAACCGAAUGGCUUGCUUAUUCACACUAUUCAUUUGUUUCCAUUGUAUGGCAGUGAAUUGUGGAGGAUUCUAUAAAUCGGGUACAUUGCAUGCAAGACAAUUUGCACAUGUCGUAAUCGCGGCAAUUCAAUUCACCAAAUGUCUUGCUCUAUUCGCGGGACCCGGCCUCGUCGCACUAUUCGUCUCAAACGAUUCGCAUCGCGAGCAAUGGAUUCCCGUAUUUGCGUCGCUUGGAGCUGCUUUGGUUUUGUCAUGCGUCCUAUCAUUAUUCGUUUUCACCGAUGAGCCGGCUUCAUGGACAGAGCCGAAAGUCUAUGAUAAAGUAUCUGCCGAUGAAACUGAAUGCUAA